AUGGCGAUGAUGGUGAUGCUGGUGUGCAAUAAUCGUAGCAGCAGCGCCCGUAGCCGUAGCAACAACAACGACUACCAACAGCAUCUGCAGCAUGGGCAAUCGGCACCAUCGCACCCCGCCCAUCUGUUGCCGGUAGUGUCCCAGCACAGUACACCCGUCUCGGCUGCCGCCUACCAUCCGCAUCAUCCCGGGGUCGGUUCUCGUUCGCCUUCGGUCGUUUCCAUGGACGAGCCGGCCAACGUUUGCUACGUGUGCGGUGCCCUAGGCGCGCAGGACAAGUACUAUCUGCGGGUGCGCCAGAACCCGGACAAUCCGAACGAGCCCCAUUUUCCGUUGCUAGAAUCGCACACACCGCCCGCCGGCGUACCGGCCUGGACACCGGCGAAGGUGGGUGUGAGGUCGUGCUAUCUGUGCUUCACAACCUUCGCCCAGCAGUGGGACUACCAUGAGCGCGAGGGCAAACCACUCUCCCAACGGUUGUACUGGUUAAAGCGCACGGAUGAUAAAAAUUACAUCGGUGCUGAGAUGAACAGCCAGGGCGAGUAUGCCGCACAGGUGCUGGGAUUAAGCGCGGACCAUCUAGGUGGUGGUCCUCCCCAACCGGGUGGUGGGUACGCUGGUGGUGGAGCUCCACCGCAACCGACCGGCGGAGGUCGAGUAGUAUCGGAAAGUUCACGUUCCUCCCAGUCACAGCCACCACCAGGAGCCUCAUCGGUUCCUUACCCUCUAACAACGGCACCACGCAACGAAAGUCCCCUUCGAGGGGUGACCCCACAGCGGAACGAAUCACCACAUUCGAAAGGCGAGGGUGGAGGCUCCAACACUACCACUGCACCACCGUACCAUCCCGCGAAACGUUUCCUCGAAAAUCAUCUCGCAAGCCAGCAAGCGGGUGCUGGAACGAACGCGAUCCCCAACACCGUCCAAACGCAACCGACGGCACCGAACUCGCGUCCGUCAAGCCGGAACGAAAAGUCAACCACACCGCGCCCGGCCACGCACGACAAUCCGUCGCCCGUACCGUCGCCGGCCGGUGCAAACCUGCGCUACGAUGGACGGAAGAUGUCGUCCUUUGCGCAUCACAAGCUUAAAAUGGUGAACUACAACAGUGCGGGUACGGAGCAUCACCGAAACCAUCAGCACCUCGCUGGUGCGGCUGGUCCACUGUCGUCGUCCUCUGCCUCCUCACAUUCGACACAGCAGCAACUGCAGCAGCAGCAGCAACAACAACAGACGCAUCAUCUAAGGUUGGAAGAGGAGGGCGCACUCGAUCUUCGGAACUCGGCCACAGGGAGUGUUGGUGGUGGUGGUGGAGGUGGUGCGUCCUCGGUAGGAGGCUUACUGUCGCUCGGGCUGACGGAUGAGAACAGUUUGCGUGGCAGUGGAAGCAAUAGUAAUGGGAGCACCGGUAGUACUGGGACGGAUAUUCUCGAUCUGUCCAUGCCGGACAAGAAUUCGAUGACGGAGGUGUGUUAUGUGUGCGGUGAUGAGCAUAGGCGGGGUAGUUUGAUGGAGAUUGCAACCGUCAAACCGAAGGAUGUGAAGGACCAGGAAAAGCCGUACUUUCCGAUAUUCGACGAAACGCACGCUAGGCCGGCACGAUCACGUCCGAAAGAUCCAAAAGGAAUGGUGCAGGCGUGCAAGGCAUGCCACCAGUAUCUGCUCAAUCAGUGGCAAUCGUUCAUCGUUCGUUCAAUACCCGAGGCUCAGCGGAAGUACCAGAUCCGAAAACGCCAAAACACUCAGGAACGGUCGGCCACGUUCGUGUGCUACACCUGCGGUGCCGAUACGCCGUCCUCGCAACUACGCUUAGUGUACUGCUGCCCGAAUGCGGAACGGGAACCGUACUUUCCGUUCAUCAAAUCCCUGAAAGCACCGACCAAUGCUAGUCCAAUAAGUCCACAAGGGAUGGUGCAAAUAUGUUCCACGUGCAAUAAGAAAAACGCCCACCGUGCGGAGGGUGGCAAUGUUAGCAAUGUGGACGAACGUUAUCCGUCUCCGACGAAAAUGACGUCUAGUGUGAUAAAUGAGGUUGUACGAUAUAAGCCUUAUGAAUUUGCCUCCGCUCUGUCUGGGGGACCGCUGCGGGACCAGAAGGGCAGUCGAAGAGAUUCAAGACCAAAUACACCACCUCACCUUCAAGGGCCAGUGGAAAACGGCCACGGUCAUCAAUGUACCAUUUGUAAGAAUACGUUCCCCGCCACAUCGAUGGAAUAUCUGUCCACCAGUGCCGAGCACAUGAACUCGCACGCGAUGCACUUUCCCUGUCUGAAGGGCAGCAACGAUCAGAGCCGUGUGCUGGCGUGCAAAAACUGCGUCGACAAACUAACGAUCCAGUGGGAAACGAUGGAUGCGCAGCGCGUACCGCUCGAGCACCGGAAGUACAUAAUUCCUUCGCCAACGCCAAAUUCGGCCUCGAUAUCACCGGGCGGUGGUAGCCUUGUGCGGCCACAGUCUAGCGUCGGUGGUACGCCACCGUCCACGCCGGCUUCUACCGUUCCGAGUACCUCCGUGUACUGCUUCAUCUGUGGGUUGCACUCGGAGCUGAGCUUCGCCCGGUUGCUGUAUGCCAACAAGGAGGGAUCUCGGCCUUACUUUCCGUUCCUGUUAUCACACAAAUCACCGCACAAUGCCGAGCAGUUGCGCGGUGACAGUUCCGCGCUGGUCUGUACAUUCUGUUAUCAUUCGCUACUAAACCAAUGGCGAAAAUACGAAGCGCAAAGUAAUAUUCCUCCACCGAGUGAGCGUGAGUACAACUUUCACGAUUACUGUUGCCAUCUUUGCGGCAUAACGACGUACCGGAAACGGGUCCGAGCGCUCCCGAUACGGGAGUACCCGUUCGUAGCUAAUCGAAAGUGUGAUGGCAUACUGCUGGAGAAUGGUGAUUACGCAGUAGUGUGUCUCGACUGUUACGAAAGUUUACGGCAACAAUCGGCCGAGUACGAUCGAUUCGGAGUGGCAAUUGAAAAGCGUGAAUACAAUUGGGUUGCUCAACCUCCGCCACCAGAGGACAGCCCGGAAGUGUCGGUGGCGCGUCUACCGAGCGGGGAACGGUCCGAUAAGGCGAUUAAGAAUUCUCAAGGAGGAUUACGUUCGGCACCGAACAAGAAAAAUUGUUCGCCGAAAGUUACAAACGACAAGCAGCGGGAUGGCUUACAAUCGAUAUUCACUACUAGCCUGCCAUCACACGUAGGGACAUUUCCCUACCAGACUGGAACUGGUGCACACUGGUGA